CAAAAACAAACACGAGACAGUGAACAAAUAUAGCAAGGUCAUUGCGGAGGGCCAUAGAAAGUAAGUCAGUGUAGGCACGGAAAAGCUGGUUAUACUCAUAUUAUGUCCGGUUAUGAAUCACAUAAAAGGAAGGAAUGAAUGAAAUAAAAAAAAAAAUCUCCUUUCAUUUUCGUUCCUUCCCUUUUUCCAUUCUCUCUUUAAAUUCAAAAAGGUUAUACCCCCACUCAACUCGUCCUUCUCUCCAUAGCAUGUCACCGACAAGGAAGACUGCCGAAUUAACUGAUGGAGUGAUUUGCGGAACUUGCGAUACUGCCCUCUCCUCUGACUGGUUCUGCUCUCGUUGCCACCGCAAGUGCAGUACCUGCAAUCGCUACAUGGUUCAGGAUGACGAUUUCUGUUCGCGAUGCUGGACAUCAGCCACUGGAUCGAUCCAACCUAAACUGACUCAAAAAGAGUAUUCCAAUGCAAUGAUAGAUUUUGUUCAGGAACAAUUGAUGGUCAUUCCCCUUGUCGACGACCGCAGGCCAGGAAGACAAUGUUAAACUCAUACCUUUCUUAUCACUUAGUACUAUAAGCACGCUCCCGCUAUGUAUAUUUUCUCUGAAUGUUUUUUUUUGCCCUCGCCUUCCACCUAAAAUUCGCACAAUUCUAUUGUGGUUUUUUUUAUUUUUAUUUCAAGAUGUCUGCUGUGGACAAUUGAAAAAUGGUACCUUUCCUCAAUUUCUGUCGUCCUCAUUGUUCAGAGGCGCUCUUUGAAUUUAAAGCUGUAUGUCCUCAAUCUCUAAAAAAAAUAAUUACGAUUUGAUGCAGAUUUGUUCCUUUCGUGCUUGGACGGAGUUUUAU